GAGAAUGAAGUUUCUUCUUAUUGCUUGUUUGGCAGUUCCUGCAAUCUUAGCUCAACAGACGUCUGCUCCAGGUGGAAAUUUGUGUACUUAUCCUCCACAAGGAGAUGAAUCAAACCAAAAGGCUGUUCCUAUUCAGGACUUCAGAACGUCUGGAUUAGAUUUCGUUAGACCAAAUUGGUGCAUCACCCACUGUGCUGACCGCAAAUCUGUCAAAGCUGCUGUUCGCUUCCAAUUUGCCAAUCAGUCAACUGCAGUCCCAACCUACAAAGUUCGCCGUACUUUCACCCGUUAUUCAGGAAUGAAGGUUCAUGCUGAGCUGAUCAGCGGAAACCCGACCAAGCGUGACGAUGAUCCUUUUAACUUCUGUAUGGACGAUGCUGUGUCGGCCCAGAUUGAUACUAUUGUCAACACCUACAAUGACAUCGAAACCAUGUCAGAAGCCCUCAACUUCUAUAUCAACAAGCCAGGAUGGGCGUAUAUUAUUUACGAUAUGGGAGUACCACCAAGCAUCAUUGAGACUGACAAUGUCAAACACGAUAUGAACUACUGUGAGAAGUCUUCUAACAAGCAAAUGCCGGAUGGAACCUACAUGACAUAUCAAGUAUUCGCAGGACUUAUCAAGGCUAAUUGAUUUUUUUCUUUUAAUUUUUAAUAAACGAUUUAACUAUUU